UCCUGCGUCGAACAUGUAUAUCUUAUCCUCGUGUAUUUCUCUGCUCUAAAACAGUUCUCACAAGCCAGCUUCACUUAAUUAAUAAUAAUUAAAGCAACUAUAUAUCUAUAUGUCUUUGCAGCUUCUUAGUUGAGCAAAAGUUUUCAAGCAAUGGCGAGUCUUCCGCUAUGGGGGAGAGUUAAUGGAUUUAAUAAUCAAGAAGGAGAAUGUGUUUAUGGGAGCAAGAAUCUUGCAAGGAAGUUGCUUCUUCAUCCUCCUAACUUCAGAUCUUCUUCCACUCAUGAUAAUCUUCUUCAGGGUGAGAAUUUGGAUCAUCAAAACCAUACAAAUUCAGAAACAGACAAUGUGAAGGAGCAAUCCAUGAUAGUGAAUGGCACAUCUCAUGCAUUUCGUGGUUGGUAUGCUGAUGGACCCUGGCAAGGUGAAGCACACUUGUAUAAAAUGGAAAAGGUGAUAUUUGAAGGGAAAUCUGAAUUUCAAGAGCUUCUUGUAUUUGAGUCAGCAGGACAUGGCAAGGUUGCAAUUCUGAAUGGAUAUCUCCAACUGACAGAGAAGGAUGAGUUUGCUUACCAAGAGAUGCUCACUCACCUUGCUCUCUGUUCCAUUCCAAAUCCUAAAAAGGUGUUGCUAGUAGGAGGGGGAGAUGGUGGUAUACUUCGAGAGAUAUCUCGCCAUUCCUCGGUGGAGCAUAUUGACAUUUGUGAAAUGGACACUAUGAUCAUUGAUGUUUAUAAGCAAUUCUUCCCUGAUAUAGCUGUUGGUUAUAAGGAUCCUCGAGUGCAUGUUCACAUUGCCGAAGGCAUCGGGUUCAUCAAAUCAGUUCCUCAAGGCACCUAUGAUGUCAUCAUAUUGGAUGCUUUCAAUUCAAUGGGACCAUCUGCAAAGGUGUUGUCAAAGAAAAGCUUCUUAGAAUCAGUUGCAAAGGGUCUAAGAGCCGGAGGAGUGAUGUCUGCUCCUGCAGAUAGCUUGUGGCGUAAAGGAUUUGUGGUUGCAGAUACCAUCGCACUUUGCAAGAAAAUAUUCAAAGGCUCAGUCAAUUAUGCUUGGACAACCAUUCCUGCAUAUCCCAGUGGAGCGAUAGGAUUCAUGCUAUGCUCCACUGAGGGGCCAGAAGUGAACUUUAAAAUUCCAGUUAAUCCAUUGAAUCCAAAGAAAAAUGGGGUGGCAAAGGGGCCUACUAAAUUUUACAACAAUGAGAUCCAUGCUGCUGCUUUCUGUCUUCCUUCUUUUGCAAUAAAGGCUACGGAUGAUGAUCCCAACAUGUUUUGAUACUCAAAUGAUGAGAAGUUCUACUCUCCUUGAAAGAGGAAGAAACUUAUUAUAUCCUAUAUUGAUUUUUAAUCGCAAAUUUAAUAUUUAUUAUAUUUUCAUUUUUAUGUUGUUUUUCAAUUUUCUGUUCUGUAUGUGUGUAGUUUAUAUCAAUGUGGAAGAAAACAGAAAAAGUAUUUACAUUAUGAAAGAAAUUAAUUUCAACUUUGUC